AUGGCCACCAGUAACGAAGAUCGUGCUGCGGUUCUUGACAAAAUUGACGAGGAUUUCCUAACAUGUUCAAUUUGCCAGGAGCGGAUAACCAAUCCGAAAAUACUAGACUGUCUUCAUUCAUUUUGUGCUCGCUGUUUGAAAGAUUAUGCAGCCAAGAACCCGAUAUUCAAAGCAAAUCCAUCGUGCCCUGUGUGUCGAAUGUCGUUCAGACUACCCGAGAGUGGCGUAGAUGGUCUCAAGAAUAACUUCUUCGUCUCCGAGAUUUGUAAAGUGUUCGAAUCUUACCGAAAAACAAGAGGGGAGUCAAAAGUCAACUGUUUCAGCUGCGAGAGCGAAGGUACCAGCCUAACUUUGUCUUACUGCUUACAAUGCAGCGAGUUUCUUUGCCGAGAGUGCUCCAAUCACCACACCAAAAUGAAAAGCACGAAGGAGCACCAAGUUCUAUCCGGCGACGAUCUAUUAUCGAAGAGGAAUUGGGUAGAGUCAAGAUCAAAAAGCACGUCCCUGUGUCGGAAACAUAAGACGGAAUUAUUGAAGCUGUUUUGUUCUACUUGCAAAGUACCCGUUUGCAUACUAUGUUCUCUUCAAGAACACACAGGGCACAAGAAUAUUGACAUCGAUAACGCCGCCAAAACAACAAAAGACGCGAUUCUUUCCCAGAUUUCAGUUGCAGAAGAGAGGAUUUCUCAAUGCCAGUAUUCGUUGAAUCGAGCAGAACAGACUGGUCAAGAGCUUGAGUCAUGUCGCGUCAAAGCAAAAAAGGACAUAGACGAGAGGGCGAAAAAUUUAAUACAUCUUCUCACAGAGCAAAUAGAACUUCACGCUGAAAAUCUGAAACGUGAAGUUGACGAACGCGCCGCCGUAAAGCGUAUCGUUAUUGACAAGUACAAGAAGGAAAUGGAAGAACAAAUCGAUAGAGCUAGUAGCACGUGUGACUAUUCGGGAAAGGUGCUCUCCUAUGGCAACAACACCGAAGUACUGUUAAUGGAGAAGCAAGUAUGUGGAAAGUUAAACAGCGUGACGAAGGAAAGCAUCAGUAAACUUCCUACUACAGGCAAAAUGAAAUUAGAGAAUUAUAACAUGGUGCCAGUGAUUAAGUACGCGGACAUCGGAAGAGUUGUUUGGACAAUGAGUGGACCAUUAUUGGCGGCUGAAAUGACGGAAGGUGACAGAGUGGAGCGUGGUUCAGAUUGGAUCUGGCAGAACCAGGAUGGCGGAGCAGGCUGUAAAGGCACUGUAUUAUCGAAACCCAACAAAGGACACUGGGUCAAAGUGAAAUGGGAUAAAGGCGGCGAGAACAUCUAUAGGAUGGGUGCAUCUGGUCACUAUGAUCUGGAACGCGCUGACGACAGAGACAAACGUUUGAACCUCGACCAGGUGUCAAAGACCAGUUCGUCGUGGCUUAAUUGGAUUGGACUGUAAUUUGGUAGGAUUCUGUCUGUGGUUGAAACAUGAAAAUCAGUGAUGGAACGAAAGUUUUUUUUGUGAUAUGAAUUAUUGAAAGUGAUAAUGUAGGAACAAUUUGGCUCAACAGUAACCAAUAGAAGAAUAUUCCAAUGUAAGGCUACGUAUGGCUAAUCUGUGUUUCAACAUACGAGUGUUUGCUUUUUUUUCAAUAUGCCAAUCUUGGUGAAGUUUUUUGAAAAUAUAUCCGUCAUUUAA